AUGCAUUCGGAGCUCCUUCAAGGUUGGAUUGCUGGUGCCUCCAGUGAGCCGCGGAAGCUACAGCAGGCACGCUCCUACCUAUACGAUUUGAAGCUAGAGGAGGCCAUUGAAGGGGUUGACGAUGCGACGGACCUUGUGCAUUUCAUGCACCGCGUCUCCUACCCAGCGGGAAGUCAUCUGGAGACAAAAGUGGGGGAGUUUCUGUCGGAGUUGUCCGAGCAGGUGACACGCGGGCAUUUGUUGGAAAUCGGCAAGCGACUCAGUGAGUAUCCCAACUCCGCCCCGCUGUGGUCGCGUGUCAUGUUUGAGCAGCCUUGGUUUGCUGAUCGUGUUGCGGAAUUCUUCGAGGGGUUUACUCUGGAGGAGCACCUGAAGUUUUGUGCUGUCUUUUGGCGUUGUUUCCUUUUUGCCCCUCAGUCACGCGACUCUCAGCGUGCAGCGCGGGGGUCUGCUGUGGUCGUGUCACAACAGCUUGCGCUGCUAGCGGCGCAGCGCAUCGAACGAGGCAACGAUGGUGGGGCGGUGUGCCUGUGCGCGCAGUUGGGGGUUCCGCUUCAAGAGGAAAGUCUUGCAGUGCUUCGGGAGCUCAUCCUUUCCCGUGUGCGCAAUGGUACUCUUGACCCUGAGCAGCUAACCACUGUGGCAAAGGCCCUUGUGGCACACCACUCGACAGACACAGAGUGGCUAGGCGCCCUGCAAGUGGCACUUUGUGAGAAGCCACCCGGUAACGUCAUGGCAUCGCAGGCCGUCGCUCUGCUUUGUGCAAUGACGAGUAUGCGAGCUGGUCCACCCAGUACCAUGUUUGAGGAGCUACUGCUGCGCGUUUUGCCUGAUAUGUUGCCAGAGGAAGUUCUGGAAUGUUGUGGGUGCCUUGCUGCCCUGCCGAGUGCGGCGCCUCGUCUGCGAGAAGAAAUAAAGAAGCAUCUUGUCUCUGCAAACUCGUUGCGCAAUAGUAAAUUUGAUGACCGUCAGGAGGUGUUUUUGCGACAGCUUCGUGGUAUGUCACUUAUUGCACCAACAGAGGCGAGGGCCUUGCUUCUACAGUUUGUGGACCGGCUGGAAGACGCGGAAGAGAUUCUUUCACCAUCCACCACACAAAUUUUUGUGCGGUGCAUGCGAGAUUUGAAAGUAUUUCCUCCAGAACUUGUAUCGUACUGCAAAAAAUCCUUCCUUCAAAAUAUGUCAUUCACAUUUACUCAAGAAGAUAGUGCCUAUCUGUUGUACGCUGCGGCUCAUGCAGGGGAGCCUGUCGACGGCGUUUUCUUCAAGGAAUUAUUGAAUCGUUUUGCCGCCACGCGUAAGUUUGAUCGUCGCAAGCAUAAAAUGCAUCAUGCGAACCUUCUCUCUAUUCCCAUUGUGAUAAUGGUUUUGGAGUCGUUUAGUGUUGCGAGAGGGGGCAAACUUUCAGUGGAGUCAAAGGUGUAUGCCAUGUUGCGUGACGCGAUAGAGCAGCAGCAGCAGAGUACGGAAGGGAUAAACAUGGACGACGCCAUUCACAUUUUAAAUUUGGUCGUGCAACUUGGUGUAGAUGACGGAUCUUUAACGACGCUUUUACUGACUCGCCUUUCAAAGUCCAUCGGCGCCAUGACACCCACUCAUGUCAAGUCUCUCUGUGAAGCGUUAGUGGCGCUGAAGUCUCGUGACGUCCUUAUGUUUCGUGCGCUUCUCUCUCACUUGUCGCAAAUUCUGCCGUGCCGCGAUGGCAUCACCUCAACCGCAUUAACCGCACGGAAAUUAAAGUUUGUCCCCUAUUUUCAGCAGUCUGCGCUGGCAGAACACGUCACCUCGCUUGAAGGCUGGAGCUUGUCGGACGUCGUGUUGGUAGCGUGUGCAUGCAGCGAGAAGCAGCGUAAAGCCCUACUGGCUCUACCAGGAGCAGAACUGCUAUCCCGUGCACGUCCAGAAGAAUUGAAAACGCUUGAUUUGUUUCUACUCCUUUCCAUUGCAAGCGAAGGGAAGGACAAGACAGCAGUGAUGGCGGCCACGCUGCGGACGCGCCCUCCACUUUUGGCGGAAGACUUGGAAGUGGAAGAUGUAUGGCGAGCCUUUGUGAAGGUUGCGGAGGACAAGGAUGCAAUCGCGGCGGUUUGCCACUCCAGUGCAGCCACAAUGCAAACUUUAGAUGAGAACAUGUUAAUGCGCAUUCUUGAGGCGGCCUCAAACGCACCGGACCUUCCUAACGUUUUUUUUAGAGUAGUAGGAAAAAAUGUUUUACGUCUCGCCAACAACAUGGCCGUUGAGAAUGCGUCGCGGUGGCUACAGCUAUACGUUAAUUACGGGAUUCGAGAUGACAGCGUGGGUAAGGCGCUUCUAUCCAAGGUGCGAACACGCAGCAGCAACGCUGCAUUUCUUGUUGAUAAGACGCUCCAAAAGGCAUCCACUAUGUACGGAAAAAACUACACAGCACAACGUAAGUUAAGGAAGAACAAAGAUAAGGUUGAGUGGUAUUCUUUCCGCUCUACCUAA